AUGCCGCAAUCAGAGAUCAUCCCGAAGGUAGUUGAAGGUGACAAGGUUAUGAGGAACCGUAUUAUCAAUGGAACCAUUCGAGCUGAGCUCCUCCUUCACUGCCACUAUCAACAGUUCAUCCCAAAGAACCAACGCAUUCUGUACCAGGCCUGGGCUUGGAGUAUCUCAUCCAUUGUUUCCUCAUCCAAAGCCAAUGGCAACGCCACCCCUAGUUCACCGCUGAGCGAUUCGGGAGGACAGGCCAAAGUUAGAAUUGAGGUGGAAGCUGUGGAUAAGCCUGUUGAGAUUGGACAUGUGGAGGCGAUAAUGUUGUAUUAG